CGCUGGGGAGAGGCGGGACGUGGCGGACCGGAAGCUGCGGGGUGCGUCCGCUCGGAGGGUGCGGACUGUGAGGAGUCCCCGGGCCGGGCGGCCGGCGUCAGCGGGCCAGCUUCUGUCCUCAGCGCCGGGCUGCGCCAGGCCGAGCCGGGGCGAGGGCUGGCUACACCUCCGGCUGUGCGGAGGAAGGGAAGGGGCGGUUUUCUCCCCUCAGAUUCUCCCCUAGGCGGGUACGGAAGGCGCGGAGAGGAGGCAGCAGCGGGGAGAAUCGAUUUUAUGGUGACUUCUUGCGUUACUAGCCUGGGAGUUACGUUUUACACAUUAACUGGAGCUGUGUGACAUUAUUAACGACACAGACGGAAAGGCACAAGCGAGAGCAGCUCCCGUGAAGUGGCCAUUCUGCAGAAAAACGUGACUGUGCGCUGUAAAUUCCCUUUUUGUCGGUGUCAGGCUGCCAGCGACAACAUCUACAUGCUGCAGGUCACAUCUGUGUCCUUAAAGAUGCUUUCAUGUAUGAAAGUCCAACUGAAAUAGGAAAUCUAACAUCCACAGGCAAGUUUGAUGCAGCCUUGGCUAUUCAUCUUUAUAAAGGAGGCAGACUUCUGCAAGGUAGCAGAAUUCCUUUUGGAAUAAUCUUUGGUGGGACAGAUGUAAAUGAAGAUACCAAAUGUGAAGAGAAACGUCGGGUAAUGGGAGAGGUGCUGGGAGAAGCCAGGUUUGCAGUGGCUUUCACGAUGAAAAUGAAGGAACUGGCAGCAGCAGAGUGGCCAGAUGCUAGAAAUAAAAUUUAUGUCCAAACUCAAGGAAUUAAGACUACAGCCACUGAAACGUUUGACUGGUAUAGAUUUCUACAAAAUGCAGACAUUCCUACAGAUACAGGCAGUUUACAUAUGUUUCUUCUGAUAUGUGGACUUCGAAGAAUCAAAGACCCUUUAUAUUUAGUAGAUGUAUUUUCAGAUUGGCACAGGAAGGAUCCCCGCGUCUAUCUGGGCAUAAUUGGACCUGCAGUUGAUCCACUUUAUACAAGUGAAGUUAAGGAAAAAAUUAAAAGGGCACCUGGAGUAUAUUUACUACAGGAGAUGCCACAAGGUGAUCUUCAUGCUGCUAUGAAGAGAUGCUUUGCUGUGGUGAACAGCUCGAUUUCAGAGGGGAUGUCUGCUGCAAUUCUGGAGGCAAUGGAUUUAGGUGUUCCUGUGCUGGCAAGGAACAUUCCUGGGAAUGCGGCGAUAAUAAACCAUACGGAAACGGGACUGCUAUUUUCAAAUCCUCAGGAGUUUGUUGUGCUGUCUAAGAGUUUGAUGAAUGACCCCAUUAUGGAAAGAGAAAUGGUAACAAGGGCCAAAGACUACGUGAAGAAACAUCAUUCAUGGGAAAGUGAAAGAAAAACCUAUCAGAAUCUAGUCCUAAUGCUCCAGUGAAUUGCAAGACUACAGUUGAUACCCAGCAGCCUACAUAGUGCACUUUAAUGAGGGAUAUGUAAUUAGAUUUGGGUUUCUCUUGGUUUAAUUUUAGAAGGGAUAGUGAGACGUAUUCUUAGUCUCUUCAAACAUUCCAACAUCACAGGAGUUGCCUGCUACUUCAAGCUAUCAAAUUUAUGUAAUUCAGCACUCUGUCUCUACUGUACCAAUUCAUCACAGACUGGGAUCAUUUUGUGAGAUCACACAGGAGAAUAUGCUCCUUGAGCAGACACGAAAUUUUUGUUGUAAGGCCUCACAGGGAGGAUGAUUUCUUGCACACAGCUCAGCACUCCACCACCUAGAGCUUACAUCAUGAUGUUGUGAUCAUGUUGCAUUCUGACCAAACUGCAGUAGCAGUUUUCUUUCCAGUUGUUACACCAUCUGAAUGUAUUCAGGUACAUGUGACAUGCACACACAUGUUCAUAAAGCUGGGAUUAGUUAUCUAGAGUAUGAAAUUAUUGAGAGGAGGGCUUUCUUAACACUGGAAGAUCAGCAUACCUAUUGCCUGCAUAAUGAUGAAAAGGGGCCAAAAAGAAGACACAGUGUUGAUGUUUGGGGAAUGUAAGGACUAUAGGGCAUGUUUUUUACUACCCUCAAGUUACUGAAUUGCUUUCAGAUAAGCUGAUAUGACCAAAUAGUACUAUGUCUGCAUUUUCUCUUGGGUCCUGGGACUAGAGCAGGAAGAUUGGCACAGCCCCUGACGGCCAUACAUGGCUUCAGAUUCCAGAACUGCACAGUGCUGCCUGCAGCAGUGAGAUGUGCUUGCAGACAGAGCUGCUUUGGUACAUAAACUACCUCUUAGUUUACCAUUUUCUUUGGUACCUCUGAGAUUUACUUAUUUACUAAAAUAUUUAUGAGUGCUAUAAAAAGGGAUGAAGGCAGGGGGGGAAGUUAUUUUCAAUUUACUGUGUAUUUUGGUACUGUUUGUUCUCAUUUGUAAUUUUGAGGAUCUAUUGUAAUAUACCACAGUAGGCUACUUUAAAGUGAGACUUAACUGUGCUUGAAGACCAUACUAAUCAUUUCUGCCAGCCCAGCAGUUAUGGACAGAAGCUCGGAAAGGUGGGGGCUGGAAGGGCCCUCCAGAGCUCAUCCAGCCCAAUCCCCUGCUAAAGCAGGUUCCCCUCGAUCAAGGGGCACAGGAACGUGUCCAGGUGGGUUUGGAAAUCUCCAGAGGAGACUCCACACCCUGCCUGGGCAGCCUGGGCCAGGGCUCUCUCACCUCAACAGUGACAAAGUUUUUCCUUGUGUUCCAAGGGAAUUUCCCAUGUUCCAACUUCUGUCUGUUACCCUUUGUCCUGUCACUGGUCCCUACAGGACAAAGCCUGGUCCCAUCCUUUCAACAUUCACCCUUUAAGUAUUUAUAAGCAUUGAUAAGAUUUCCCCUCAGCCUUCUCUUAUCCAGCCUAAACAGCCCCAGGCCCACAGCAUUUCCUCCUCAGGGAGAUGCUCCAGUCCCCUCAGCAUCUUGGUAGCCCUUCACAAGCCUCUUUCCAGCAGUUCCCUGACUCUCUUGAACUGGGGAGACCAGAACUGGACACAAUACUCCAGAUGUGGCCUCACCAGGGCAGAGUACAUGUCUUUCAAUCCAUAACUGGUCAUCAAAGGAUGUACAUUUAUAGAGGGGGAGUAAAAAUGGUUCAUAUUUUUAACUACUUGUUAUUAGGAGACUCUUUUUGCUUUGUGGAAGCUUGAUCCUGACCCUAGUGAGAACCAGCGAGAUGCUCUCUAUUGAUUGGAAUGGCUACUGUGACAGACUUUUCUUUGUAACAAUGAAGUUCACUGUCUAUUUUAAACUUUCCUCUUUAAUUUUGAUGUUUUGCAACUGUUGAGACAAUAAACAAGAAAGCAAUUUAAA